UCCACCACCACCCCCACCACCGGCUGCCUUUGAGAACCCACUGCGGAGGGACGGACCCACGCACACACGCUGACGGACCUCGGUGAGAGAAGGGAGCACAGAGGGAGGGGGGGGACACCAGACACACUUCUUUGGGAGCCACACGAGCAACAAGUGUUCCCGCGGGACCCUGGAGGCACGUCUGCAUCCCAGCACUGAGAGGCCGCAGCAGGGCUGACUCCGCCGCGCGCCAGGGGCCUCUGUUUGGUGGCACGCUUGGAGAAGGGGGACCCACGGGGGGGACCAUCUGCUCGUCCGUCAGGAGCAGGCCGACGAGCUCAGGGGAGCAGGGGAGAGCCGGCCGACUGAGAGCCCGCUGUUCUGACGGUUGCUCCACUUGAUGGAGUGAUUUCCGUCGCACUUUUCCCGACCUCUCCCACCGAAGAACCCGACGCAAACUCUUUUGUUGGACGGUUUUGAAAUCAAACUGCCAAUCUCCGUGGAAGAAGAGAAAGACUAUCUAUUUUCUUUUAUCUUUUUUUAUCUUUUCGCCAAUAUCCAAGACUUUUUUCGACCGGUUUUAAAAUGAUGGAGGAGCACUUGUCUAAGAUGGCCAUGAUGCCUGGGUCUCCCCCCAGCAGGUCUCCAGGGGCCGGGGUUGACGACCGAGGAGCCAAGAGCCCAGCUCCGGGCAAAGCCCUGAGUCCCGCGCUGCUGUGCAAGGUGUGCGGAGACACCAGCAGCGGGAAGCACUACGGCAUCUACGCCUGCAACGGCUGCAGCGGCUUCUUCAAGCGCAGCGUCCGCCGCAGGCUCAUCUACAGGUGCCAGGCCGGGACAGGCAUGUGUCCCGUGGAUAAGGCCCAUCGCAACCAGUGCCAGGCCUGUCGCCUGAAGAAGUGCUUACAGUCGGGAAUGAACAAAGACGCCGUGCAGAACGAGCGCCAGCCCCGUAGCUCCGCCCAGGUCCGCCUCGACUCCAUCGACGUGGACCCCGAGAAGGACCACCUGGCCACCACCCGGGACCCGGCCUCCUCGUCCUCGUCCUCGUCCUCGACCUCCUCCUCCGCGGGCUCCGUCAUCACGUGGCCCCACAUCACCUCCGCCGCCCUGUCCAUGGCCUCCAGCGGGGCCGCCCAGCACUGCAGCAGCCCCCAGAGCAACCACCGCUUCAUGGCCAGCCUCAUGACGGCCGAGACCUGCGCCAAGCUGGAGCCCGAGGACGUGGACGAGAACAUCGACGUGACCAGUAACGAGCCCGAGAGAGCCUCCUCGGAGUACCACAUGGCCCUCUACCCCUGCAGCUCGGAGAACGUCUACGAGACCUCCGCCCGCCUGCUCUUCAUGUCCGUCAAGUGGGCCAAGAACCUCCCGGUCUUCUCCAACCUGCCCUUCAGGGACCAGGUCAUCCUCCUGGAGGAGGCGUGGAGCGAGCUGUUCCUGCUGUGUGCCAUCCAGUGGUCCCUCCCCCUGGACAGCUGCCCGCUGCUGUCCCUGCCCGACCUGUGCCCCGGCAUGCAGGGCAAGGCCAGCUACAGCGGCCUGGACCUGCGGCUGCUCCAGGAGGUGUUCAGCCGCUUCAAGGCCCUGGCCGUGGACCCCACCGAGUUCGCCUGCCUGAAGGCGGUGGUCCUGUUUAAGCCAGGUGAGAGCGACGCAGCUGCCGGUCGCGCUCUAGAGACUCGGGGUCUGAAGGACCCGGAGCAGGUGGAGAACCUCCAGGACCAGUCCCAGGUGAUGCUGGGGCAGCACAUCCGCUCCCACUACCCCGCCCAGCCCGCCAGGUUCGGGAAGCUGCUACUGCUGCUCCCCUCGCUGCGCUUCGUCAGCUCGGAGCGGAUCGAGCUCCUCUUCUUCCACAGGACCAUCGGCAACACCCCCAUGGAGAAGCUGCUGUGUGACAUGUUCAAGAACUGAGCAGAACCCUUCCCCCCACGACGUCCCGGUGUCCGGUCUGGGAGUCUAGGAACCACAGGAGAGCAGAGACUGGCUGUCAGACGGGUUCUACGGUUUAGUCUUUUCUUUGUUCUUUCUCUUCGUUCUUUCUUCUUUGUUCCACUCUCCAUGUGCAUAUUAGAGAUUUGAUGAGCUGUUUUCUGUAUUUUUUUUUAAUGACAUAUGAUUUAUAGGCUUCUGACGAUGUUAGGCUAUUUCCUCCACGUUUCUUAUAGGAUUGUUAUACGCUUGCUGUCCGCCUGUGCUAUUAAGGAAACCCCUUCUCAGUUUCAAUAUCAAUCUACAUGCACUUAUGCAAUGCACGUUAUUCUCUACUGCAUUGUGUUCUAUUUUUCUAUUUGUGUUUCUGUGACUUUAUUGCAAAAACGUUUUAUUUGCUGUAGGGGUUAGAUAUGUCGACAUUCCUAUGAUAUAUGUUGUUGUUAUUGUUGUUGUUGUUGUUGUUGUUGUUGACAUGCUUCGUCUUGCUUUGAAAAAGUCGAGAUUGUUUAGUUAGUUUUAUAUCAGUGACACUUUAGUACACAUGUCACACGGACAUGGGAUUAGUUCAUUGCUUGCACAAACCUUACAGAUGAGAACUGCACAACCAUGUUACAUGAUGUGGUAUUCUAACUGAUGUUCUCAUACAUAUGGAAAUCAGACAGAGGAAAUAAAUUAAAGCUCUAACCCUGUAA